GAAAUGUACAGACCAAAAAAAAAUGGCGUCGUAUUGAUUGGGAUCGUACCACAAAAUUGCAAUAAACACAAAAAAAAUCCAAAUUUAUCUUAUGACCUAUGAACCAUCCGAAGGAAAAUUAAUUAAACUCUAAAUCUAUAUGAAAAAACAUCCAAGAAAAACAGUAUAUUUACCAUAAAUUGGCUUUGAAUUUGCGCUUUUUGAGAAGUCGAAUGAUUCAGGAAAAAAACUGCCUGUGAGUGCCGUGGGUGGUGUUUCUGUGUAUUUUUAAGUGAAGUGAUAGUGAUAAGUGACCCAAUAUCCGGAUUUGAGGGUCCUGUUACUCACAGGAAAGCCAGCUACUAUGCGCUGGAUUGGGCUUAGGCUGAUGUAAAAUGGAAAAAAAACCGUCAUGGGAAAAAAGAGAAAUCAAAAAAAUCUAAAAAACGUAGGAUUCGAGAUGGUGUUGCGUGCUCGGUGACCUCUAAACCCCUUGUUGAGUACUCGGAUGUAAGCUCCGAAGAUCUGUCUGGUCCUGAAGCUGGUGAAAUCGAGAGUGGCGAAGAAGGAGCCGGAACAGGCAGUAAUACAGAGGACGGAGAAGUCGCUGAUUUUGGUGAUUUUACCGAGGAGGAGUACACAGCAGAGAUGAGGCGAAAUCAUCAAAGGAGAGCCUACAUGGAGAUGGAGGAGAUGUACUUGGCUAGAGCGUCGACGACUGGUUUGAUGUUGAGUCCUCCAGCAAGGAGACAUAGACUGGACCCAGUGGUAAUGCCCAGAUCUCCCACUCCACCCCUACUAAUAACCUCUCGUGAAAGGCAUCUUUCAGCCUCGGAUUCUUCUAAAUCGAGCGAACUAAGACGCCGGAUUGUUGAGGUUAUAUCCCCCUAUGUGGAGGACUAUGAAAAUGUCGAGAAGAAGAAGAGGAAAAAGAAGGAGAAAAAGCACAAAAAGGAGAAAAAAUCAAAAAAGAAGAAAAAGAAAAGACGCAAGUCUAGCUCGGAUAGUAGCGAUAGCGACGAAGAAGAAUCAAAAGAGAGCAGUCCUAGGACCCCCCCUGCUAAAGAAGAGAGAGAAGUGCAUCCACUGGCCGAAUGGCAGAACCGCGAGGAAGUUAUUGAUCUAUGCACUACACAAGAGUAUUAUGGGGUCGAAGGUGAUGAUAGUCCAGGUUCGAAAAUCGACACUGGUGCUUGUUCUCCUGUCUCUAACGACAGCCAUAUAGCCUCCCCCGAACCUAGCCCCCCUUCCGCGACCCCACCCCCUAGGAUGCCUAGGACCGACUAUUUUCGGGAAUAUCCCCGAGAAAGCCCCCACACACCACCCAUACAUAGUCAUCAUUCUAGCAGGUCAAUAUCAAACCAUCAUAUAACAGUCACAAGAGAGAUAUCGUCGCCUAUAAUUAUCGACGAAUAUAGUAGACACUCUCCUAUCCCUAGAGCUUACACUCCUGAUCCCUCGCAAAUGCACGGUAGCGGCCACCAUAAGCACAGCAGCAGAUCAUUGUCGCCUAACUCUAGGAGACGACGGGAGGCGCAUAGGAAACACCGAAGACAAAAGGAUCGGAUGAGGGACAAGAAAAGGUCUUCUCGGAGUCGCAGUCCCUUGAUGCGAAAGGACUCGCGUUCACGCAGUUAUAGUAGAAAUAGGCAUUAUAGUCCGUCACCAUCUAGAAGUAGGAGUAAGAGACACAAAUCGAGGAGUCCGAGGCGCGAGAGGAGUCCGAGGCACAGGCACCGAAGUCCGUCGCCGCACUCGAUACGACCGUCACAGUUAUCAAAUAAAAUUAGCGAUACUAGUCUAUUUGCCGAACUGAUUAAGGACAAAUAUAAAAGGGAACAAGAACUUAAGAAGCUCGAAGAGAAUUUUAAAACGGAGAGACAGAAUACCGAAACGAUAACGGUAGAAGACGACGUAGACGGCGACCGUAGUGGUAGUAACUCGGAAGUGAACACUAGUUCAGUGCCCAUGGAUAUUGAUAAUAUUCCUAUACCAGAUGCGUCUCCCAAAAAUCAUAAGGCUAGUAAUAACGAAAAAGGUUCAUCAAUAAAUUUGACUGUAUCGGAUAAACAGGCGGCGCCCGCUAAUAUCGACUCUAGGUUGGCCUCUUUCGAUGCUACCCAAGUGAAAACCAACGAUGCAUUAAAAGGAAAACAUAAAAGUGUAACGAUGUUGCCUAUGCCACCGGGAAUGGACGAAACUGAGUUAGAAGCAAUCGAGUCACCUCCAAGCAGAUCGCCGACGCCGCCUCCCAAAAAGGAAAAAACCCCACCGCUUUCCGGUAGAAAAAAUGUGAAGGAUUUGCCAAUGCCUCCUAUUGUUCCGGGUACAGAAGAACUGAGCGGCGACGACGACGACAUACCGUCGACCCCGCCACGUAACGUCCUCAAAAAAGUCGAAAAACCAAAAAAAGAUUUAAACAAAACGCAGAAAGUGGUGAAGCGACCGCGCAUCUUAAAGCGGCGAACUUCGAGAAAUUUCCAAAUGAGCGGCAAAGAUUGGGGAGAGCGUUGCGUCGAUAUGUUCGAGGUUAUUGCGCAGAUAGGAGAAGGAACGUACGGACAAGUUUAUAAAGCCAAAGAUGUGCACGCCAACGAAUUGGUGGCUCUUAAAAAAGUUAGACUCGAAAAUGAAAAAGAAGGAUUUCCGAUUACCGCUGUGAGAGAAAUUAAAAUUCUAAGACAGUUAAAUCAUAAAAAUAUUGUUAAUUUACGAGAAAUCGUCACUGAUAAGCAGGACGCCUUAGAUUUUAGAAAAGAAAAGGGUUCUUUUUACCUGGUGUUCGAGUAUAUGGACCAUGACCUCAUGGGCCUUUUAGAGUCUGGAAUGGUCGAUUUUAAUGAACUGAACAAUGCAUGCAUUAUGAAACAGCUCCUUGAUGGUUUAAACUAUUGCCAUAAGAAGAACUUUCUACACAGAGACAUAAAAUGCAGUAACAUUUUGAUGAACAACAAAGGUGAAGUAAAACUGGCGGAUUUUGGUUUAGCCAGACUAUAUAACGCGGAAGACAGACAACGACCGUACACGAAUAAAGUUAUAACGUUAUGGUACCGACCGCCGGAACUUUUACUAGGUGAGGAACGUUAUGGACCCGCAAUUGACAUAUGGAGCUGCGGAUGCAUCUUAGGGGAACUCUUUUUGAAAAAACCACUGUUCCAAGCAAACACCGAAAUGGCUCAACUGGACCGAAUAUCAAAAAUAUGCGGGACUCCGACGCCGGCGGUAUGGCCGUCUGUUAUAAAACUUCCCCUCUUUCAUGCUUUGAAGCCGAAUAAGCUUCACAGGCGGAAACUUCGCGAAGAUUUUGUCUUUAUGCCGAGUCCCGCUCUCGAUUUGUUGGAUAAAAUGCUCGAGUUGGAUCCGGAUCGGAGAAUAACGGCCGAGGAUGCUUUAAAAAGCCCAUGGUUAAGGAAUAUCGAUCCCGAUCAGAUUCAAGCACCGGAACUACCCACCUGGCAAGAUUGCCACGAGCUCUGGAGCAAAAAGCGUAAAAAACAAAUCCGGGAACAGCAGGAGAGCAUGUUAAACCUGCCGCCGGGCAAACCGGCCGUGCUUCCGUCCCGUCCCGAAAAGGGCGCGGAGAAAAUCGAAGAAAACGAGGGCGGGUCGUCAAAAACCUUGAAAAUGGAAGCGUAUGACGCUGCAGUAUUGUCAUACGCUAUUGCAACGGCGGCUAUUAAAAGUCGUCCAAAUACUACCGGACUUAUAGGGGUUCCUUCAAGUGGCACAUCGAGCCCAGUUAAAGAAACGGAAGACAAUAUAGACCCGAGAAGGUAUCUUUAUCAAUUGCUCUUUAAUAUAGAGCAAAUGGUAAUGAGCAAGACGCAGGUACCGUUGUCUUUGUUGAUGGAGCUUUGUAGUUUAAGGCAAAAUGAGGAACCACAGAUCCUCUCAAACCUAGAAUCUCUCCUAAACGAGUUAAGAUCAAUAUGCAAGAGCAACCCAGGAUCAAUUAACCUACUUUUCCUGCAUUUUGACGAUAGACAAACUGGUGCAUCUCUUAACACUGAAAAAGUUUGCAAGACUCUGUCGGACCUUUUUAAGCAAUUCGGACUUCAGAAUGGGUCGGCGGGUGUUAGACAACUUGCAAAGAAGAACUAUGGUUAAAUACGUUUAUUUUUUUAUGUCCUGAUAAGAACCAAAAGAAUCCUUUAUUAGAUGCAUACAUUAUUUUUCAACCACUCAUAGUUGUGACUUUUAUGUGACCUGUAUAACUUUCCAGGUUGACAUAAUCCCCUAACUAUUAUUAUUGUAUAAUAAUGACAUAGCUUAAUAAUUUUUGUUCAUAUUAUAAAAAAAUAUAACUUUAUCACAGCAAAAA